ACUAGACCCAGAGAGCCGAGCGCCGAGCCGGUUCAGCUUUUAGUAGUACCCCGCCGACAGUUUGCACUAGGCGAGAACCAGCGUCCAGAAACAGGGAGUGCUUGGUGCCUCCUCCCUAUGCCACACCCACGAUGCCCCUGUCCCGCUGGCUGAGAUCUGUGGGGGUCUUCCUGCUGCCGGCCCCCUGCUGGGCACCCCAGGAGAGGUGCCUGGGUUUCCUGUGGCGGCCCUCCCUGGUGCACGGGUGCUCAGUUCUGGGGGCCUGGCACAGUGCCCGCUGCUGGUGCCAAGCGUGGACAGAGGAGCCCCGAGCACUUUGCUCCUCUUACAGAAUGAAUGGAAACCAAAAAUCAGAUGUCUAUGCCCAGGAAAGGCAGGAUUUCAUCCAGCACUUCUCCCAGAUUGUCAAGGUGCUGACUGAGGAUGAGUUGGGGAACCCAGAGACAAGAGAUGCUAUUGUCCGGCUUAAGGAGGUCCUGGAGUACAACGCCGUUGGAGGCAAGUAUAACCGGGGUAUAACGGUGCUGGUGGCGUUCCGGGAGCUGGUGGAGCCCAGGAAGCAGGAUGCCGAUAGUCUCCAGAGGGCCCUGACUGUGGGCUGGUGUGUGGAACUGCUGCAAGCGUUCCUCCUGGUGUCGGACGAUAUCAUGGAUUCAUCCCUCACCCGCCGGGGGCAGAUCUGCUGGUAUCAGAAGCCAGGCAUCGGUUUGGACGCCGUCAAUGAUGCUCUGCUUCUGGAAGCCUGUAUCUACCGCCUGCUGAAGCACUACUGCCGGGAGCAGCCCUACUACCUGAACCUGAUGGAGCUUUUCCUGCAGACUUCCUAUCAGACUGAGAUCGGACAGACCCUGGACCUCAUCACUGCCCCCCAGGGCAACGUGGAUCUCGACCGAUUCACUGAGAAGAGGUAUAAGUCUAUCGUCAAGUUCAAGACGGCUUUCUACUCCUUCUACCUCCCGGUGGCCGCCGCAAUGUAUAUGGCGGGCAUUGACGGGGAGAAGGAGCAUGCCAACGCCAGGAAGAUCCUGUUGGAGAUGGGAGAGUUCUUCCAGAUUCAGGAUGACUACCUUGACCUCUUUGGGGACCCCAGCAUGACGGGCAAGGUUGGCACUGACAUCCAGGACAACAAAUGCAGCUGGCUGGUGGUUCAGUGUCUGCAGCGGGCCACUCCGGAGCAGCGCCAGAUCUUACAGGAAAAUUACGGCCAGAAGGAGGCCGAGAAGGUGGCCCGGGUGAAGGCUUUAUACGAGGAACUGGACCUGCAGGCCGUGUUCAGGCAGCACGAGGAAGACAGUUACAGUCGCCUCCUGGGCCUCAUCAAGCAGUACGCGGCACCUCUGCCCCAAGCCAUCUUCCUGAGGCUAGCAGACAAGAUCUAUAAGCGGAAGAAGUGACCUAGAGAUUCCAAGGGUAGAGAGGGGAGGCUUUCAAUAAAUUAUUGUGUAACCUUC